AUGGUUUCCACAGUCCACCACCCUCUUGACCCUGCCACAGCGGAUGAGCUCGGUUUUGCCGUAAGCAUGAUACGAAAGCAGUAUCCCGACGUCGCGCUGCACUUCAAAGUCGCUGGUCUGGAAGAGCCACCAAAGAAAGUGAUGGUAAAAUACCUCGAGGCAGAACACGCAGGACGUUCCAUUUCGCCUCCCAAUCGAUGGAUCUUCAUGAUGUACUAUAUCAAAUAUACUCCGAGACUCUUUGAGUGCAUCGUCGAUGUUACGGAUGGCAAGAUUAUCCACCAUAGGGAAAUGCCCCGCAAUCAGUAUGCGCCUGUCGACCGGGUGGAGAUGAACGAGGCCGCCCAGGUGGCCCUAGCGGAUUCGCAAGUGAAGAAUGAGCUCGAGCGACUUCAGCUCGGGGAUAAUGUCGUGGUGCUCGAUCCCUGGGACUACGGGAAGGACGACCCAAACGAGAACCGCCGUCUCACGCAGAUCUUCUUCUACACUCGAAACCCGAAGAAUAACUCGCCCGACUCGAACCAUUAUGCAUUCCCUUUGGAUUUCAUGGCUAUUGUCGAUCUGGUGGAGAUGAAAGUGACCAAGAUUUGCCAUCUGCCUCUUGGUGCAGAAGCGAUCACAUCCAGACACACCGGUCCUCGUAAGCCUGAAUAUGAUCACUCGCUGCAGAGUAAGCCCGCCCGAACUACCAUGCGUCCCCUGGUUGUCACUCAGCCCAAAGGAGCGAGCUUCAAGAUCACCGGGAGGCUGAUUGAAUGGGAGAAGUGGAGGUUCCGAGUGGGUUUCAACUGGAGAGAAGGAAUGCUUCUUCACGACGUAACUUUUGACGGACGGCCGGUGCUUUUCCGCAUUUCCCUGGCCGAGAUGUUCGUGCCCUAUGGAGACCCUCGUGACCCUCUCCAUCGCAAGGGUGCGUUUGAUCUUGGAAACGUGGGCGCCGGAAUGACGGCAAAUGAUCUCUCCCUUGGAUGUGAUUGUCUCGGGCUGAUUGCUUACCUCUCUGGCCACGUCAUUAACGCCCACGGAGAGGUUGUCGAGAAGAAGAACUGUAUUUGCAUACACGAGGUGGAUGCCGGCAUCCAAUGGAAACACACCAAUCACCGAACCGGCAAAGCUUCUGUUGUCCGCAAGAGACAGCUUCAGCUACAGACAAUUAUUACAGUGGCCAACUACGAGUACAUCUUCUACUUCAUCCUCGAUCAGUCCGGCGAAAUCGAAUACGAGACCCGUGCAACUGGUAUUCUGUCGACAACGCCUAUCGACCCUGACAACACUUCUAAAGUGCCCUUCGCUUCCCGCGUAGCCAGUGGCGUUCUCGCACCCUAUCAUCAGCAUAUUUUCAAUCUCCGUAUCGAUCCAGCCGUUGACGGCUACUACAACAACACUGUCUCAUAUGUUGAUAGCGUCCCAAUGCCUCCUGACUCGACGCUUAACCCUCACAAUACUGGCUACAUGACGAAGGAGACUGUAAUCACCAAAUCGAGCUCACAAAACACCGACCCAUACAAGGCCCGAAUCUUCAAGAUCUCCAACCCUGGCAGGAUCAACCCGGUUUCUCUAGCCCCGGUGGCUUAUAAACUGAUUCCUAUAAAUUCUCAGAACCUUCUUGCCAGCAAAGACUCAUGGCACUACCGUCGAUCCCACUUUGCAGACGCGCCGAUCUGGGUCACGAAGUAUAAAGACCGAGAACUGUUCCCGGCGGGAGACUACACCAACCAAGGGGAUGGCUGUGACGGCAUCCGUAACUGGGUGGCUCGCAACGACAACGUUGAAAACGACGAUGUGGUGUUGUGGCAUUCGUACACUUUCACUCACAACCCGAGACCGGAGGAUUUUCCCAUCAUGCCCGCCGAGUCGGUCCGAGUGGCGCUGAAGCCCUACGGCUUUUUCAAUUACAACCCCACGAUGGAUGUGCCUCCUUCGAAUCAGGAAUUCAACCAAAGCACAGCGUAA